UGCGGGUCCAUUCCGUAUUUUAAAACGAACUAGUGAUGUUAAUUAUGUAAUUGAAACCCCUAAGAGACGUAAGAAACAACGUCAUGUACAUGUGAACCUCCUGAAAAUGUACUAUGAACGGGGUGAUUUGAAAGAAAAUAUGGAAAAUGUAAGAGGUUUCCAUGGUUGUACCUUCUAACGUCAGUAGUGAACAUAAUGAAAUCAUUUCUAUGGUAGAACUUAAUCUCACCAACUCAGUUAUCUUAGCUAAACUUGAUGAUAAACUUAAACAUCUUUCUGCUGCCCAAGCAGCAAACAUUGGUUCUCUUCUACAGGAGUAUGGUAAACUAUUCAGUGAUGUACCUCGUCUUUGCCCAUUGCUGGAACACGAUGUUGAGACUAGGGAUGCUCAACCAGUACGCCAAGCUCCCUAUCGCCUCAAUGCAGAGAAGAGGGCAUUCCUACAGGCAGAGGUUCAACGUCUGAAAGAACAGGGGAUCAUCAUUCCCAGCCUUAGCCCCUGGCAUCACCCGUGGUGCUAG